AUGUAUUCAGAAGCCACUUUUAGGACCACCCGUCUAAGAACUGGGAAGGUCAAAUCUGAUGAAGGGGGACUAUCUCUAUUGGCUGCGAGUCUGCGUCAUCAAACUACUGAGUUUUUUAAUAACUCUACAUUACAUGGGGUCCGGUAUAUUGCAGAAAAAGAAAGACCGUUUUGCGAAAAAUUUAUGUGGUUCAGCUUCACUGCUAUAGGAGCCGUUACAACCUGCAUCAUUAUAGUCACUUUAUGGGAGAAGUUUCAGACUAACCCUACAAUUACCGGUUUGGACACCGAUUUUCAUAACUGGGAUGUGCCCUUUCCGGCGGUAACUAUAUGCGAUUUGAAUCCUGUCGAUGAAGAGUUGUUACAAGAAUAUAUUGAGAAGACAUGGGGUUCAGAGCCGCCGUCGCAUGCCGCAGAUAUGCUGCGUUGGUUGGCUAGUCUUAGUUACCAAACUAUCUCCGAGCAAGCUGGGCAAUACUUGUCAGAGCCUAAGCUAGUGGGAAAUAGUGACACUGACGGGCUUGAACCUGCUUUAAACCCGAAAGCAGCUGUCUUUGAAAUAGUUCGACACUGUGAGAAUCUAUUCUAUGACUGUGAAUGGAAAGGAGAUUCUGAAGAAUGUUGUGACUUACUAGUGCCGGUGUUCACUGAAAUGGGAUUUUGUUAUGCUUUUAAUUCGCGUCACGCUGAAAAGACAUGGCCUUGGCAAUCUCAGACCCAAAUGGAACAAUUUACUGAAGCGUUCAUUCAUGAAACUGACGCUAAGUGGUCUUUUAUGUUCAAUUCCUACCGCAAUGACACGACGAUAGAUGUGUACAUUCAUUCCACGGAGGAAAUGGCUGGUUUGGAGCUAAGUGCUCAGCAUUCUUGGGAUCGCAGGGUGGAAAAAGUAUCUUUUUCAGUGAAACAUACGUAUACCACCGAAGAUGCGCGGCAGUUGUCAAUCCGACAACGCCGGUGCGUGUUCGCCGACGAACAGCCUUUAGAAACGUCUAAUAUAUACACAUACUCAGCUUGCAUGAGACAAUGUCGAAUGCAAAGGAGUCGUUCUUUUUGUAAAUGUGUACCCCAUUUUUAUCCCCCAAUAGCUGGGUACAAAACAUGUACUGUGAAAGAAUUGGAGUGUAUAGCGAAACAUGAGGCCGCUAUAACUGACGUAACGCGAUGCGCGUGCGAGUUAGGCUGCUCACACACCGUGUAUGAAGUCGAAAAACUCACCGAGAUUGAUACGGGUAAAGGCACUACAACAACUUCUUUGGAAACAGAAUUUGUAUCGUGGCCAAUGGUGCGAUACAAACGAGAGGUGCUCUUUGGUUGGGUUGAUUUAUUAGUAUCCUUUGGAGGCAUCGCGGGUCUGUUCCUUGGAUUCUCCUUGCUGUCGGGCGUGGAGCUGCUGUAUUAUUUCACUCUUCGCGCGUGUUGCGCGGCAGCUCGCGACGGCGACAUGUUAAAGCGCGAGCGAGACGAGCGGUUGAGACAGCCCAAACCACCACAUAACCUCAGUCUGGUGCCUUGGUGGAAGCAACCUCCAGCUCCGCGUGGGCCUCGACCGACGUUGGUUCGGGCCAAAGAGUCGCAGCCGCCACAGUACUCCCCACCUCCAGGAUACAACACUUAUUUACCAUAA